AGAGAGAGAGAGAUUGCUAAUACCAUGGCUGCCCCUAUUUUUGUAAACAAGAACCUCCUCCAAAGCGAUGCCCUUCGUCAGUAUAUCUUGGAAACGAGCGUUUAUCCAAGAGAGCAUGAACAGCUCAAAGCACUUCGAGACGUUACUUUGAAACAUGCAUGGGGAGUAAUGAGCACCCCUCCUGAGGAGGGCCAGCUCCUUUGUCUAUUGCUAAAGCUCAUGAAUGCGAAGAGGACUAUGGAGAUCAGCGUGUUUACGGGCUAUUCACUACUUUGCACUGCACUCGCCUUGCCGGAAGAUGGAAAGAUUACUGCCAUUGAUGUUGAUAGAAAAAGCUUUGAGAUAGGAUUGCCAUUCAUUCAGAAGGCUGGUGUUGAGAAAAAGAUCGAUUUUAUUGAGUCAGAAGGGCUCCCUCCUCUCGAUAAAAUGUUACAAGAGGGAAAGGAAGACGGAUCAUUCGAUUUCGUAUUCGUGGACGGCGACAAGGAGAACUACAGCCAAUACCAUGAACGUUUGAUGAAGCUUGUUAAGGUUGGUGGGCUCAUCGGCUACGAUAAUACACUUUGGUUCGGGACCGUAGCGGAUCCUCAUGGUUCUAGCUUGCCUGAAGGCCUCAGGAUAAUGAGGGACUGCUUGGUGAAAUUCAGCAAGUUCUUGGCUACUGAUCCUAGAGUAGAGAUUUCACAAAUCUGCAUUGGUGAUGGUAUCACCCUGUGUAGGCGUCUUUAUUAACCGUUGAUCAGGCUUUUCUCUAUUGAGGACCAUCUAAAUUAACAGCGUAGACCGCUGAUUUUAAUAAGUAUGAUCUCUACUCUAAAUAAUGCUUGUUUUGUUAGUAGUGUAAAGUCCGAAGCCAUCUCGGCCAUCUUGAUUCACUAGCAAUCUCCAGCAUGGAUCGAUGAUUGGACCCGUCCAAGUGGACUCGGACUUGAACUCGGUCGGGCCGAUCUGGUUUGACACCAUCUCCCCUCUUCUCUUGUUGGUCUCUCUUCUCUUGUUAGGCUUGUAGGUUUUGUUUUUGUAUGAAGUGUGUUGCCUAUAUAAGAAAACACGUGAAGAGAGAGUGAAAUUCUAAUCAUCUUUCUUUUGGUGUGAAGCCUUGUACUUUUGUUUUAUCUUGUUUUAAUAAUAAUAAUAAAAGCUCUAUGUUAUUGCCUCAUAAA